AUGGCGAUGUCAAAAUAUUGGGGCGAUGAACGUCACCCGGAUGCCAUCUAUGCGGUGUAUCUCAAGAAAGUCCGUUACGUUCCCCCAUCCGGCUAUGAAGGUGUACCGCGCUAUCGGCCGAUUGAUCCAGACCGAGUGGGCGUCAAUGGAUCACCGGCAGAGAUGACAAAUGGUAAUGGAUGUGUCCAGAAUGGAGUCUCCGAUCAUUUACAAUGGGAAAGUGUUAAAGAGCGGGUGAUCAAAGCGGGAACUGUGGAAAAGCUUGUGGACCCUAAAGACGCAGGCUCCUUCCGACCUAUCGCCAUAUUGAACACGCAAUUCAAGUUACUGACCGGAGUGAUUGCACGAGUGAUCACCGAGAAAUACAACGGGAACAGGUACGCCUUCCCAGAAGAACAGUUAGCUGUGAGAACGGGUGUGAAAGGAUGCGAGACAGCCCAUCUGACCGAGAUCGAUACUCAC